AUGGGUUCCUUGCAACAUCUCACUCAGCUGGGCAUGGAGCAGCAUUAUGAACUUGGAGAGUAUAUAAGGAAAAGAUAUGGAAAAUUCUUAAAUGAGUCCUAUAAACGUCAACAGGUGUAUGUUCGAAGCACAGAUGUUGACCGGACUUUGAUGAGUGCUAUGACAAACCUUGCAGCCCUAUUUCCCCCAGAGGGCAUCAGUGUCUGGAACCCCAACCUACCCUGGCAGCCCAUCCCGGUGCACACAGUCCCUCUUUCUGAAGAUCGGUUGCUAUACCUGCCUUUCAAGAAUUGCUCCCGUUUUGAAGAACUUCUGAGUGAGACUUUGAAAUCAGAGGAAUUCCAGAAGAGGCUGGAACCUUAUAAGGAUUUUAUAGAAACAUUACCAAAACUUUCUGGAUUCCAUGGCAAGAAACUUUUCGAAAUUUGGAGUAACAUCUACGACCCUUUAUUUUGUGAGAGUGUUCACAAUUUCACUUUACCCUCCUGGGCCACUGAGGACACCAUGACUAAGUUGAAAGAAUUGUCAGAAUUGUCCGUCUUGUCCCUCUAUGGAAUGCACAAGCAGAAAGAGAAAGCUAGACUACAGGGGGGUGUCCUGGUCAGUGAAAUCCUCAAUCACAUGAAGAGCGCAACUCAUCCAUGGAACCAGAGAAAACUUGUCAUGUAUUCUGCACCUCCAGAACUUAAGUGGAAGUACUUCAUAGAGAUGUACUAUCGGAAUGAGACUCAGCACGAGCCACAUCCUCUCACGCUGCCAGGCUGCACCCCCAGCUGUCCUCUGAUGAAGUUUACUGAGCUGGUUGCCUCUGUGAUCCCCCGAGACUGGCACUCCGAGUGUAUGAUCACAAGCAGCCACCAAGAGCCAGCCUUCUCACAAGGAAAAGCAAGGAGAUGAGAUACGGUGGAGCAGUCUGGAGAAACCAUCCACAUGGGACACUGGUCCUAUCUUUUCAUAUUCCUGUUAAAAUGUAUUGGGUGGCAGAGCUGAAAAAUAAAUACUUGUUUGUAUCUAGAAAAUUCAUGUUACUUUUAAAGGAACCAAAGGCAAACUUGCCAGGAAACUUAGCUGUGUAUAAUUCAUAUGGCAGCUCUUGGAGUACAUACAUCAUAAUAAAUAAGUAAUCUGACGAGAGCAAGAUAUUCAGGCAGCACACAUCAGAGAUGGGGGCCCCACCUGAGCGGAGUUUCUCUUGAAGCUCCAACGGUAAGAGAUGUUAAAAAAUGAAGUUGAUUUAAGAGAGGCAGUAUGAUGACGCAUAUGAGACUGGAACAAAUUUACAAAUGUAAGAAUGGCCCGAAUGCCUCCAAGAUCAAAACUUAUUGGAAUGUUGAGAGUGUGGCUCUCCUGAGGACAACAGCAAUGCAUAAGGCUUUGAUCCUGGUAUCUUCAGACAAACUUAAGCACUUACAGGUCCUGCUGAAACUACUCACUAUAUAAGAAGAAAUCAUGUUCCAAUGACGACUCCUUAGAGUCCUGUAAAUUUACCAUGUGGCAGAUGCAACACGUCUAGAGAACAACAUGCUACGUUCCCAUUACGGCUAAUGAUGAGGUGGUUUCUAGCGAUGGUUUCUACUGGAUGCCAGAGUCUAGAGCAAGACCAUUCCCGUUCUUAGUUGGUCAUGGGAUGACUGACACAAGACAUCGAUUGAUAUGUUUAUUUGUAUUAUUUCUUCCCAAGUAAAUAUUUGGCCUUGGGGCCAUCAUCUAAUUAUUCUUUAUCCUCCAUGCAUGUUAAGUUUCCUCCAGAGGUGAGCCAAAUGUAAAAUAGUGAAUAAAGUCAUAAUUAGGGAGUUCAAAACCAUCACUUUUAUUAUAAUGAAUUUUUUAAAAGGUGUGUGUGUGUUUAAUUAUAAUAAAAUUAC